UAGAAAAGAGUAGAAAAAUAAUGUAAUUAGGUCUUGUGAGAUUUAUGUAAAUUAUAUUUUUUUAUUUUCCAACUUUUGGGCCAUAAUGCUCAAAAACUCAAGUCCAACAUCCAUUACAGGCACAAUCUCAAAUCAUCUUAUAUCGUAGUUCUACACACGAGCUGAAAGGUUCUCUUUUUUUGCUUCUCCCUCAAUUGACAUGGGAACACGAGAGGUAUACGAAGAAAAACUGAAGAGAGGGAAUCUCCAUCAUGAUCCUACAAUCAAACCUGGCCUCGGCUGUGCUAGAUGUCCUCGUUGUCUUUCUCUCUUGAACUCCAAUUCAUUGCAGAAAAGUGGAGAAUGGGUGAUUACUCCUGUUCUACAUGAUUUCACGGCUGUGGCUGGCUCUGGAAUUGGUGGACUGCUCAGUGCAAUUCAUGGUUUCAAUACAGGAAUUCCUUUUGUCCAGAGACACGUGAAGGGUCCAAAGUGGCUUCCAUUUGUUAUAGGGCUUCCUUCACUACUCAUGUUCUCUGCAGCUAGCGCGACAUUUGGAGGAUAUGCACUUCUAAGGUUUACUCAACUUACGAUGACUUCAUAUUACACUGCUUCAAGUGCCUCACAUUACAGAAUAUCAUUGCUUACCAGACGUAUUGAGGAGGCCCAUACUUCUAGUGUUCAACCUAAAAGACUCACCUGAUUGACUUGAGGUCGAGAGUUUUCUACCCCACAAAGGUACGGGUAAGAUGUGCAUACAUCCUACCUUCAGACUCGACUUGUGGAAUUACACUAGGUAUGUUGUUGUUGUAGUCACUUCUCUAUUACUAACUUUAUAUCUCCGAAGGCUGCAGGAGUGUGGGGUUAAAGAGAGAAUUUUAUGGCCUGACUUGCACAACAUGUUUUGGACCAAGUAUUUGACGCUAAGGGCAUUAGUGAUUUGAAGUAUUAACGGAGGGAAAAUAUGCUUAAUUUCGCAUAGUAUGAGGGUAUAUUUGGACCUUUCCCGAACAAUAUAUUGUAUCCCGAGGACAAGUUUGUGUUAGUACUACGCA